UAUUGUGAGAAAAGUAUAUCUCUGAUACAAAAUAUCAUUAGGUAGCAUUUAAAACAGGUUUAUAUCUGUUUAUAAAAAGUUUUUCUUUAAGCUUCAUGUUCUAUUGAUGGCUGAAAAAUUGCCGACUCGGCGAUAAACCGUAUCCAAUAAAUCAAUCUUUUGAUAUAUACGACUUCAUGUGACUCUCUCUCUCUCUCUCUCUCUCAUGAAAAUGCCGAUGACAUCACUGUUUAAUUCACGUAACAAAGCUACUUACGUCAUAAUCAGCUGAUUUCGGUUGACAUUGGUCGUGUAUAACCAAAACUCCAGGCUGUAGAUUGUUUGUGAUCAUGGAAGUAAAGGGAGAAGAGAUAGUGCAAAGCAUCCUUGAUGAGGUCAUUUUCAAGGUCUACAGAUAUUGUACUACUGAGUACAGCAGUGCCAUAGAAGAGAAAAAUAUGCCCCCUGCUUUACUCGGAGCUUCUGAUGACAAAAUACAUGUAAUUGCAAAACAGGAUUUCUACGCGGAGCAGCAAAUAACGAUGAAAAAGAUAUAUCGCAGAGUUGCUCGGGAGACUGUGCGCGAUUUAAUUAUUCUUGCAACAAAACAGGCUGCCGCAAGCCCAGAAAAUGGACAGUUGGUGAAAACUUCACAAUUCCGAUUCGCGAAUUAUGACCCACAAAAGAGUGCAUACAUGUACCAACAACAUAUGGACAAUAAGAAAGAGAAAAUACACAAGAAACUGCAGGUUAAAGUCACGAUUGGAUCAGAAAUUGUCCAAUACACACUCAGAUGCCCGGCCAAUCGUGCAAAAGUUGCAGGGGGAAACCUGGCGAUACAGAAAUCUAAUGAAGCCCAAAGGGAAAUAACCCCAAAGCCAUUGUACAAAGCUGCAGAGAAAACUGCGAAUGAUCCUAAGACUCAAGAUUCACGUGACUGCAAUAUUCCUGGACCAGCUAUAGUUGACGUACAUGAACAUAUACCUGCCUAUGUACAAUCUGAAACAGAUGCAAGCCACAAAACAGAGGACGAUCCUGAGCCAAAAGGCUGGAGAAGAUUUCUGUGUUGUGGCAAUCCACAGAAAAAACAGGAGAAAGAGAAGAAAAAGAAGCUUGGCCUGCUGAACAGACUACGUCGAUUUUUUGCCCGUCGUUAAAUUGUCUGAAAUUUGGGCCUAGUUGAUUCCUAGCUAGUUUAUAAUUUAUGUGUCAGAAGAUAUUUGAAGAUAAUAUUUAAUUAAUUCAAAGAAUAUGUAUAUGAUUUCAUUUGGACAACUCACUUUCCAUAACGGUUACCAUCAUUUUGAGAUUUUAAGUUAAAGAUGUGAACUUUUUAAAAAAUAAAUCAAAUUUAUAUCCUUGUG